AUGGAGUGCAACAAAGAUGAGGCCGUCCGGGCCAUGGAACUUGCCGAGAAUAAGAUGGAGAAAACGGACUUUGAAGCUGCUCGUAGGAUGGCCCUCAAAGCAAGAAAUCUUUACCCGGAACUCGAAAACAUUAACCGAAUGCUAAGCAUAUGUGAGGUGCACUGUUCAGCUCAAAAGCUGCUGAUAGGCUCAGAGAAGGACUGGUAUGAAAUCCUUCAAGUUGAUAAACUGGCUGAUGUGUUAACAGUCAAGAAACAAUACCGCCGUUUGGCACUCAUCCUCCAUCCUGACAAGAACCGAUUUCCCGGUGCAGAGGGCGCUUUUAAGUUGAUUGGUGAGGCGAAUAUGAUUUUAUCAGAUCCUGUAAAGAAAUCUCUAUAUGACGGCAAGCUCAGAUCCUCGGCCAUUCUAUCUGCUCCAGCAAAUCCGCACGUGGACAAAAACCCACCGGUCAACAAACAACACAGUGCUGGGAAUAACGUUUCUAAUGGUAACAGCAGUAUGGGUCAACAUCAAGCAAAUAAUUCAAACUCUUCUUCCGUGGCACAGGUGUUCUGGACGUGUUGCCCGUUCUGCAAGAUGAGAUAUCAAUACCCCAGACAAUAUGUACAGAGAAACAUAACCUGUCCCGGGUGCAAAAAGGUCUUCGUGGCCUAUGAGGUGAUCGUUUCAGAAAACCCGUCAAGAACGAAAUCCAAAACACAGUGUGCUGCUCAAAAUGUGCACUCGAGACCUGACCUAAGUCAGCCGGCUGCUUUUCACGAAAAAUCAGUCCCGAAUACAGGAAAUUGUAAAAUGGGCUUUCAGAAAGGCAAAGGGUCUCCAGACAACCCGUCAAGAACGAAAUCCAAAACACAGUGUGCUGCUCAAAAUGUGCACUCGAGACCUGACCCAAGUCGGCCGGCUGCUGUUCACGAAAAAUCCAUCCCGAAUACAGGAAAUUCUAAAAUGGGCUUUCAGAAAGACAAAGUGUCUCCAGCAUCUCAGGAACAAUCACAAGCGGCCGCCAGUAGAGAAAAUGUUAAGCCAGAAACGUAUGUCCAGAAGGGCACACCUUCGGAAGAUAUCAAGGUAGCAGGUGCCACCAAGAAUGAAAAAAUUUCAAAGGUGAAUGAAACAGAUAAUAGGAACACGAGCUCUUUACAUCGUGACCAGGAAGUCGGAACAGCCAAUGGUGAUGAUGCCAGUUACAAGGAAACGCAAUAUCCGAAAAACAAAAGCAGGAAGAGGGCCAGGAAGGAAUCUAGUGAGAGAUGUGAUGCCUCGACAGGACCUGAUUUCAAAGAUUUGGCCAGUAAUAAAGGCAGUGCUGGUGAGUUUGCAACUGAUUCCAAGUUUGAAUCUGUUGAAGUGUGUCCCCCGCAGAAACCAUUAACGAAGAAGCAGCAUGUCUUGCAUAACGAGACCGAGGUCGAUGAUCUUACUGAUCCCCCUCUCAAUAAACCGCAAGCUGCCAAAGACAAUAAUGCAAGUGAUAAUCCCAAGAAUGCUCAUCGUAAUAGUUCUCCAGAUGUUGCAAGCUGUCGUCGUGAAGAAAUCUUGCGAGAUGGAGAAGAUUUGGAAUCAGUUGAAAAAUCCAAGGUGGGAGGAGAAACCUGUGGAAAAACGAACAACAGUUCUGAUGGAGUCGAGAUAGAAAGCGACUGGGACGAAGAUACACUAUCCAGUGAUGUUGUGAAUAUAGAAUGUCCUGAUCCGGAAUUUAGCGAUUUUGAUAAAGUGCGUGAGGAAAGCCAGUUUGAAGUAGGCCAAUUCUGGGCCUGUUACGACACUUUGGACGAUUUGCCGAGAUUUUACGCCAAGGUGAAGAAAAUAUUUUCUUCCCCGUUCGAACUGAGCAUCACGUGGCUGGAGGCUGUGCCUAUAAACAAAUUGUAUGUGGAGUGGGUGGACGAGGAGUUGCCUGUUGGCUGUGGCAGUUUUAAACUCUGCCAUACCGAAAAAGCGGCACGCCUAUCCUUCUCUCAUCGGGUUCAUGUUGAGAAAGGAAAGAAGAGAGGCUCUUUGCUGUUGUACCCAAGGGAAGGUGAGGUUUGGGCUAUCUUCAAGGAUUGGGACAUAAGCUGGAGUGUCGACCCGAAUAAUCAUAAAAAAAAUUUCAAAUACGAAAUUGUUGAGGUUCUCUCGGAUUUCGUGGAGAAUUAUGGGAUAAAAGUUGGUUGGUUGGACAAAAUCGAUGGAUUUGUGAGCCUUUUUCAGAGAGGUAGCCAAGAUGAGAAGGGCUUAUUUGUGAUAGGGGCCAAUGAGCUGUACAGGUUUUCCCACUGUGUUCCAUGUUUCAAGAUGACUGGCCUUGAAAGGGAAGGGGUGCCAAAAGGUGCCUUUGAACUCGACCCUGCUGCUUUACCUUUGAAUCCCGAUCACUUAUUUUACCCUGGCAAAGGAAAAGUGGUCCAUGGAAGGGAUAAAUCCGUGUUAUCCGAGGGUACAAGUACUGAUCCGAAAGAUUAUGUGGAUUUGGAAGAGAUUGAUCAUCUAGAGGACAGUAGUAUUAGCAAAAAUGCAGUUUGA